AGGAUAGUUUGUGCUUUGUGGUAUCUGUCCGUCCCACAGUAUCAAUGGCCACAGUUGGACUCGGGGUCAGCUUUUGCGCAUGUGCAGUGCCCCCGGAAGAGGCAGCAGUAGUGUGCUGCAGACACGCGUGUUCCCCCGUGUGUGCGGGAUAGCAGGGAAGCAGCAUGGUGACGGUGGCUGUGGAGAACACAUCAAACAUGGACACUGGGGAAACUGCACCCAAGAAGGAGAAAAAGGAGAAAGCUGUGGCUGGCCGGCGAGUUCUGCAGCAAAACCGCCAGUUUCUGGACUUCUUCUGGGACAUCGCGAAACCCGAGCAGGAUGUCAGACUGGCGGCUACAGAGAACCUCAUCCAGUACCUGAGAUCCAGCCAGCAGGCUGAUGAACUGAAAUACACCUUCAAGAGGCUAGUGGAAGGAUUGGCAGCCACUCGGGAAGCAGCUCGGCCAGGGUUCAGCUUGGCUUUAGCUCAGGUUCUGCAGUGUUUUGAAGAGGUCCCACUGUCCACAGUGUUAGAACAUAUUAACGAGAAACAUAAUCUUCAAAAAGUGAAUAAGAAAUCGGUGCGGAAUGCUGCCUUUGGUAACUUUUUUGGAGUACUCGCUCUGUCACAGUCCGGUCGCCUUGCCAAGGAUACAAAAGUGCUUCUCCAGUGUGUGCAGUUGUUACAGAGUUUGGCACAGUACAGAGAACACCUAAAGGAUCUGCCCAGGAAGACGCUUGUGGAUAUUCUAUCAGAGAUUCCAGAAUCCACAUUUGAAGAAGUGUUGUUUGGAGCGCUGCGCUCUGAUCUGUCCUCUGCAUUCAGCACUCCGGAACAGCUACACCUGCUGCUUGUAGGAAUGCAGAAGUUCCCAGGAGUGCUGAAACCCAAGAAAUUAAAGAAGCUGCUUGGAUCAUCCAUGAUAAUUACACAAGAAAACAUCCCAAAAUUGGUGGAUCUGUUAUCAAUGGCUGCGAAGUCUGUGAAGAAAGAGAAGUGCCUGCCAGGCGUAGCACUGGAUGUGCUGAGGAUUUCUCUGAAGGAGGAAGCAUUUGAAUUGUUCUGGAAGGACGCCGUAGAGAAUGGCCUGAUGCAGGAACAGACUGGACCUUGCAUUUACAUGUGUUACAGGUUGCUGGGUGCUGCUUUGCCUCUGUUGGAUAAAAAUAUGUUGCAACUUAUCCUUCGAAGUGAAGUCAUGUUGCGUUAUGGGGCCCAUGUUAUUUCAAAUCAGCCUGCAGAUCGGUUUAAAUUUGCACCAGAGAUGGAGACCUAUGUUUCUGCAUUCCUGGAAAGCUGUGACGAUGCAGAGAAGCAACUGACUGUUAUGGUUGGCUUCUCUUCGCUCACUAAUCAAGGAUAUCCAGUGGUACCCAGCACAUGGAAAGUAAUCCAGCAUUUGAAGCCAACUGCUCUGCAAAAAUACAUUGACUGGUUGAAGAGAAUGUUUCUUACGCCAGAUAUAGACUCCUUCCUAGAUUUCAGCACCAGCCGUCAGAAGGAGAACCAGGAGCAGCAGAAUACAGUGGAAAACUUUGUGUUUCGACUGAGAAAAUGGAUUAUUCCACGGCUUACCAGCAUCAUUGACAAUCCACUGGCAAAAAGACAAGAGGCCCAAGUGAUGGACAUUGCACGAUUUAUCUUAUUUCACUCAUUUUUUGAAGCUAAGAGACCAGUUUCUGACAUUCCUGAAACCGAGACCUGCAUGUCUGUACCUUUGGAUGAGAAAACGCAUACACAUGUCGCCAAUGCUUUUUUUAGUUUGUUACUCAAUCUGAAUGGCAUGCCUGUGCUGGGAGAAAGUCCAGGCGUUAUCACUACAAAGGAGAGACAAGUAGUUGGCGUUACUGCAGACGGAAGCUUGUGGAUCCACUGCAUGCUGACCUAUGCAAACAUGUUAAUGUCACGUGGGAAGGUUGUUAAGGCUCUUCAGCCAUUCAAUGAUGAGCAAAAGGAAGCCUGGGAUCGAAUGCUGCAUUAUGUGGAUGAUCUCCAAAAGAAAACAAAGAAAUCAAAUAGUAUGGAACUGUCAGCCUAUCAGCAGUUGUUGCUAUUAGUUGGAAUUCAUCUCUUUAAGACACCUGAGGAGAGUGUGGAUCUGCUAAAUGACAUCCAGAAUUGCCUGGAUAAAGCUUUGAGUAAAAAAGGCAAAAAGAAAAAGCAAGCUGAAGAUCAACAGGAGCCAGAGUGGGUGGAGGUGAUGGUGGAAAUUCUCCUGUCUCUCUUUUCCCAACCAAGUAGACUCUUCCGAGUUGUCUCUAGGAAUGUAUUCAAGAAGAUUUGCCCGUUCUUGACAAAGAAUGCCUUACAGCUGAUCUUGAAUGUUUUUGACCCAGAAGAAGAGCAGAAUGAGGAAAGUGCAGUUAUUGUAACUGAAGAAAAGCACCCAAAGAAAUCCACCAAUAGCCAAGAAAUGGAGAGCAGCUCAGAUGAGGACAGCUGUGAGGAGAGUGAAGAAGAUAAUGAAGAAGAGGAAGAAAACAAAGAUAGUGAUGAUGAUGAAGCAGCAUCAGUUGAAGAUGUGAAUGAGGUGUUCCGUAAACAGCUAAUGACUGUUUUACAAGCAGGCAAAGCUCCGCAGGCCGAAGACAGUGACGAUGACUUGGAUGAUGAGACCAUGAUGGCUCUUGAUGAAAAUCUUUCUGCAUUGUUUGCGGAGCAGAAAAAGCGCAUUCAAGCAAAAAAGGAUGCAAAGGCCAAAAUCCGUGAGGAGAAAAUCUUACGGAAGGAUUUUAAGACCAAGGUGCUAGACUUAGUUGACGUGUUUGUGAAGAAGCAGUCUGACAGUCCGCUGGUAUUUAGUGUCAUUGAGCCCUUGGUUUCUGUAAUAGAACAGAGUAUGAAUGCUGAGUCCAGUCAACAGGAGCAGGACUUUCUUCGCAAAACAGCAGACAUUUUCAUGAAUGAUUUGUGCAAAUGCAAACGGUACUGUAAAGAUGUGUCCGAGUUAAAGGAUGAUCUACACGAUAUGAUGGAGCGGCUAGUGAAGAGAGCUAGCAAACAAAGCGACUCCUCUGUGGCUCUGUAUUGUUUCAGUGCUUCAUUGUACCUGUUCAAAGUAUUGAAGGGCAGUGUGACUAACCAGGCAGAGGACAAGAAAAGUGGUAGCGUGGACACAUCUUCCCAAGCUAAUUGUCUGGGCUGCUUGGACCUUCAUCGGGUCACCCUCCUCUAUCAAGAAGCAUUGCGAGAGUUCAUGACCAAGAGAAAUAGCCCGUUCACUGCAGCAAUGUUUCUAGAUCUGUUUAAUCGGUUUCCCUUUAUAUGCAAACCUCUAUUGGGAAUCAUAAUGAAAUCGAUAAAAGAUGGCGCCCGGCAGCACCAGCAGGCACAAGCAUGCACUCUCCUUCUGAGAGCUCUGCAGACCCCCAGCCUGAAGCAGACCCUCUCUCCAUCGGAGUGGAAAGAUCUGAUCACAGAGGGCAUGAGUCAGGUUGUAGAGACACUGCAAAACAUGGGUGAAAUUAAAGUGAAAGUUGACCAAGAAAAAGUAGUAAAGUGCUUUGAGCUACUGAACUUUCUAAUUAAAACCAUAAAUCAGCGGAAACUGGAUAUUAGUCUCGAAGUGCUCCAUCCUCUCCAGACACUGCAUCAAAAAGAGGGAUUUGGGAAGUCGCGGCUGGAAGACAUGUACUGGAAUGUGAUGAAGUUACUAGGAUUUAUACGUCCAAAAAAAGAAAAGACAAAAGCAGUAAUGGAUGAUGCCCCCACAACUGAUAAUGUAUCAAAGAAAAAGAAAGGCUUUUUGCCAGAGAGCAAGAAACGCAAGAACCGGAAGAAGGCCGGAACUGCAGAGGAGAACAAGCAGAGUGGAGCAGAUGACAAAGUGGAAAAUUCAGAGGUACAGCAGCCGAAUACCAAAUUUAAGAAAAAGAAGAAGAAUAAGAAGAACAAGAGGAAGUCUGGGCAGCAAGAAGGUGCAGCACAGGAGAGUUCAGCAGGAGCACCAGCAAACAAGAAACACAAACCUAAUGCGGAGGCUAAGUUCAAGGCAGGCAAAUCCGCAGCACAAGAUAAAACAAAAAAGAAGCUAAAACAGGCAAUAGAAAGCUAGAUGGAGAUGUUUCUCUGUUUGUUUAUAGUUGUAAGCAGACUUAUUUUAAACCCAUGUUGUGCAAUGUUUGUGGUGUUUUGUUUUUUAAACACCGGCUGUUCCUUUUUAUGCAUCUCUCCUUUCAUUAAAAACAUAACUUUGGUAAACAUUAGGUGCCAAAGAUUAAACAAAA